CAAAUCAGCUACCGGACACUAUAUAUAAUCGCUGAAUAUUUUGAUAGCACUAUAUUUCAAAUCGACACAGCUUCCAGCAACAAGCUCCAACCAAUUUUCCAAACAUGAAAUUCUUCGUCGUUAUUCUGGCACUGUUCGCCGUGGCCGCCGCCCGUCCCCAGGAGGACAAGUACACCACCAAGUACGACAGUAUCGACAUCGAUGAGAUCCUGAAGUCGGACCGCCUUUUCAAGAACUAUUACAAUUGCCUGUUGGAUACGGGAGCUUGCACCCCGGAAGGAAACGAACUGAAGCGUGUCCUGCCCGAUGCCCUGGAGAACAACUGCUCGAAGUGUAGCGAGAAGCAGCAGAUGUCCAGCACCAAGAUCAUCAAGUUCCUGACCGAGAACAAGCCUGAGGAGUGGGUUGCCCUGAAGUCCAAGUACGAUCCGGAUAACAAGUACGUCGAGAAGUAUGUGGCUGAUGCCGAUAAGGAUGGAAUCAAGCUGUAAAAUAAAUGAAUGACUGAAAUGAAAUACUCUUAUUGAUUGAUUUUUUUUAAAUUGUAUCCUCUUCUUCCCUUUACCGUUGAUGUGUUCAACUGUAUUUCACAGAGAGAAUAAACAUUUAAACACGGUCAAUUGACUAACUUUUUUCAAACCGGGAGGACGUCCCUUAACGUAGGUGGAAAGAAAAAGAGGAAGAAAAAGUCAGAGGUACAAGAGCGCAAGGACACCUGGCUAAGAAAGGUAGGAGGGCAUGUACUAAGCGCAAGGGCGCAACGCAAGUAAGAUGACGAGCUCGUCAGAUGGAAGAGUGUAUGUAUUUAGAAGUCUUGAAGACGAUGAGAAGCGAUGAGGAGCGAUGUCAAGCUCGUGGAUUUUAGAGUAUACUUACGCAGUAUUCGACGUAUUCGUAAAGGCAAAAUGAUCCUCAAGAUCAAGCGCGACAAAACGUGCAAGGGCGCUGCCCCAAACAGCACAAAUUGUACAAAAAAGUGUCGCACUUGGGUUAGAAUAACAUGAAUGUAUCUCCUGUACAACCAAAAGCAUGCGCUGUCGAUACUUCUUUGUGGCAUGUGUGCUGCUUGGGGCCUACAAAAGUCUGGCGGAAGAGGUCCUUGGCGAAGGGGUCGAGGUGAGGGUUCUUACAGCCGAAGCGACUCUGGAGGUGAAGAACCUAGAUAAGAUCACUGACGCGGAAGAGAUCGUCACGGAACUGCAGCAACAGUGUGUAAUUAUCGGGAAGUCAGUCGGGAGCAGUACUGAGACUCCCCGACUCAAUAGCCUUAGGGUCGGCACGCUCACGUUACGGAACUCGCGGGCAGGGAACUCUCGCACUUAGAAAUAGGUAACCACAACAGCACUUCACGGACAAUUACACUUUAUUCGGGUUUUACCUUCUAUAUUUCCAGGAUCCUGGCACUACUGUUCUCUCCCUCUAUCUCCCACUUUCUUACAACUAAUCUGACCUUUCACGUUGGGGGCCCCUUUGUCAGCAACACUCCACCUCACCUGUCCUCCACAGCAUCCUGGAUACUGUGAGCGUGGCGGCACGCAGGCCUUCGUACAGCUGGCGUAUGCGAUGGCGGCGCACGGUACUUUACACCGCUAUGAGCAACGGCAACGUCCUUCGGGUUUGGGUGGUUUGGAGUGGCACUACAGGGGUUCCUGAACCUCCUACGCGUCUCGGUCCUGCCGAUAUGGUGACGGAUCGGCCUUCGGCAAGUUCUGUGCCGGAAUUCGCCCAGAUGGUCACGGAGACGACGUAGGGAAAUCGGUCGGGCACUUUCAAGUCAAAACGGCGGGGUUCUGUAGCACAGAGAGGGCAUUACUCACAGGUUUUAAAUGUUACGGUUACUGGUAUUACCUGUAGUCCACUUCUCUGACACUUCUUCCACUUUUCAACUUUCUCCAAUAACUCUGCAUAGAACUUUCCAAACUUUUACUUCGAAUUCUUCUGUGUUAACUGUCUUAAUCGACGAACUCUGGGCAAGUGAUAGCAUACCGAGUCGUUGACUGCCUUGAGGUUCAUGACCUCGUUCCUCGGUCAUUGCCCUCUCCAGCCAUCCCAUUUCUCAACGGCCCCGUUACGCCACCCCUCAUGGUCGCUCAAUGA